GCCUCCCAGCCCUCUUUGCUUGGAUCCGCGGGUAUCCUGCUUGGGACGCGCCUCGGAAAUGGCAUGGUCCUGGCUCUGAAUCCAUCAAUGUGACAUGGAGAUGGCCUCUUGGCCUGCCUGGUCCGAACAUCACUUGAGAAAAGGGGGGUUGACACAACAAUCUUUUCAUCCCAGAAGCUUCGAUGCUCCUCCAACAACCGCACGCACUAGAGCCAAACCAGCAUCGAAUGAUUGGAUCUUGGAGACCUGGGAGCAACACAAGGCGAGCAGAUGGCGUCGAGGGCGGCUUCGGGACCCAAUGAUGUUGCCAACCACUAUCUUUGCUAAUUGCGGCUUUGCAACGCCGUGGCAAUUAUCGAGGCCCUCAGCUGAGCAACGCCAUCUGUGUAUGCUUGUACUAUGUACAAUCCGAGCGGCAGACCACGGGGGAGAUGACGGCGGUUGGAGCUCUGCGGCCAAGUUGCCGACUGCCUUACAACAAGCUAUACAAGGGCUCUCCGCAUGGGCAGUCUGUACAGUAGUUUACAUGAGGCAAAACAGCGAGCAUGGAUCGUCAAACAGGCUUGAUGGGCGUUCCAGCAAACAUCAACAUCAAAACACUAAACUUCCAUGGCGUCAAUGAUCAGCAAACAAUGAUGCAAAUUUUUUGUUCCUCCUCCUUCUGUCUUUCGAUCUUCCUUUUUCCUCUUCGAUUCACAGAUCUGAUAGAAACCAAGCAACGGAUCAGCCGAUGCGGAGCAAGGAGUCCGCCUUGGCUAACCGGGCAGACUUUUCUGAAAUGUCUACACCAUUGUGCACUCACACACUCGCUCACACUCACACUCACACUCAC